GCUGCUUAGCUCCGCCCCUUCAUGUCACAUGAUCACAGGUCCUUUAUCCACCACUAUUCUCUCCGCUGUUAAGCCCCGCCUUCUCAUGACCUAUGACAUUUGGUGACAUCAUCACAGGUCCUUUCCCUAUCCUGGAGAUACCAUUGCAGGUCGGAGCGGGUCCUGCUGGGUGGUCGGUGCUGUUGUCUCUUGUUCUCUCUGUUAUCAGCCGCAGAUCCCCCAGUAAUAAAGGACAAGAUCCCUCCAGCUGAUCCCGUCCUCUCUCCCGCUGCCCCCAGGAUGUCCCCGGACAGGACUGAUGUGACUACAGGACUAUUACACAUCACCCUGGAGAUCAUCCGCCUGCUGACCGGAGAGGAUUAUACCAUAGUGAGGAAGACAUCGGGGGAGUCCGGAGGAUGGAGCAGGGGCCCGAACCCCAUCACAGACCCUCCACCUCACUCCAUGAUACAUGAGAGGAACAAUAAGAAGAUCCAGGAACUCACCAACAAGAUGAUGGAGCUGCUGACUGGAGAGGCCAUGGUUGACUGUUUUGUGAAGGGUUGUACAGCCAAGUCGAGAGAAGGGCGGGGUGACGUUACACUUCACGUCUUCCCAGAAGACAAAGAUAAAAUUAGAGAGUGGCUGAUGGCCACAGGGGAAUCUAUACCGAAUAUAGAAGAAUUGGUGAACAAGAUUUAUGACAACAAAAAAGUAGAUUUAUACAGGAUGUGUUCUCUGCAUUUUGCACCUAACUGUUAUAUUUUCAACCCCAAAACUGGGAACAAACAGUUGGCCAACAUGGCGGUCCCUUCCAUUUUCCAUCGAAAUCCUAAAGAUGCCGAGUGCUCGUCUCUGGUUACUGCCCCACAAUUAGGGAAACGAAGAAGAGUCACAAUAGCGGCUGGAAGCAGAUGCCCAACGUGUAACCAGAUUGUUGGGCCCAGCCAAGAUUUUCAGCCGGUAACAUCAGAGCCAAGAAAAGAAUUUGCUGAGAAACAAAGUGUUUCUUCCAUUGGUAUAAAGGAAGAGCAGCCAAGUCUGAUUUCCGAGGACGCUACUCACCCAGACAACUGCAGGGCAGAAAGUCACCGAAAGAGGAAGAAAUCUGUGAAAACUAUGAAUGAUUUGGAUCUUGACUUGUUAUCAAGAAUGCCGGCAUGUGUGGUGAAAGGAUGCUCCCCGGCCAACGGAGGUUCCGAAACUCUCCAUGCGUUCCCUAGGGACAAAGUACGAAUGCAAACUUGGUUAAGGGCGACUGGACAGUACUCCGAUAACCUAGAGGAGGCCGUGAACAAAAUAUUUGAUGCUACAAAAAAGGGAAACUCGUAUUGGAUGUGUGCAAAGCAUUUUGCACCUUAUUGCUUUAUCUACAAUGCUAAAACUGAAAAAGAAAUCUUGACCAAGAACGCUGUACCGACGAUAUUCCCACACCGAAAUGCGAAGGCCUUCCCUCCAGCAACGAAAAGGAAGCAUAGUGAGAUGGCCGCAUAUACUCAAGAUUCAGACACUGAAUCCUCAUCAGCAGACGAGUCAGGGGAAACCGAAGAUUCACAAGAAGAAGAAGAAGAUUCAGAAGAGGAAGAAGAUGAUGAUGAAGAAGGUGAAGAGGUAGUUUUUUCCAAAAGAAAUUUCAGCAACCAUCCUCCCUGUUAUAUACAUCCGGUUAAACAGCAGAAAUUUAUCGUCUUUGAAAAUUCUCUGGAUGAACUUAUCCUGAAGAUCCCGUGCCAAUCGGCAGAGUGCACAAGUCCAAUAACAAGAAUUAUAAAAAAGAGGACGGGAUCUUAUAUUUCCAUCUUUGUUGAAUGUGCCGAACACGAUUAUUAUCUCCUUUGGGAAAGCCAGCCCACGAUUGACGGUAAACCGCUCGGAAACGUAAUCUUAGCCUCUGCAAUAUUUGAGAGUGGCAAUAGUUUCCCGAAAAUGAAACAAUUUUUCCAUCUGAUGAACAUUAUGGCGAUGUCAGAGAACGCUUACUCCAAGUACCAGCAUGAUUAUAUUUUCCCAACGAUUGAGAAUUCUUGGAAAAGCAGCCAAAUGGAGAGUAUAGAAGUCAUCCAAGGACCCCCUGUGUGUAUCUACGGAGACGGGCGAUGGGACUCGACAAUAAACGACAAUAAGUAUUGUGUCUACAGUAUGAUGGAUAUGGAGACCAAAAAAAUCCUAUCUUUCGAUGUUCAACAGUCGGCAAUGGGCGUCACCUCUCCUGAAUCGGAAAAGAUAGCAUGCAAAAACGCACUGGACUUUCUCCUGCAAAAUGAAAUCAGCGUCAAAUUACUCUGCACCGAUCGCCAUUUUCCCAUAAGAAAGAUGAUGAAGGAGAAGUAUCCUACAAUUACCCAUGAGUUUAAUGUGCGGCAAAUUGCCAAAAGUGUGGGUGACAAACUGCUUGAUGCCAGUCACGAGAAGGACUGUGAAGACCUCGCGGAAUGGGUUGGGGCGAUACAAAGCCACUUGCGAUGGUGUUCGGACUCCUAUAAUGGAGAUGAUUCCCUUCUCGUGGCCAAGUGGAAUUCUUUCCUCUACCAUGUGCAGAAUGUCCACGCCUGGGAGGACAAGGACGGUAAAUAUUCUUCUUGCCAACACAAGCAUCUCCCCGAGGACACAACACGGAAGAGGAAAUGGCUGAAAACAAAUAGCCCGAGCUUCAAAGCUCUAAAGAAAAUCGUAUUGGACAAAAGACUCCGAAAGGACAUGAAGCGGAUCUGUCAUUUCUGUCACACCGGAGACAUAGAGGUUUUCCUCAGCGCCAUUGUGAAGUACCAAAGUGAUCAGAAGGAGCAUCAGCACGUCACCAUCGAUGAAAUGUACGCACGCACUCAAUUGGCCGCCCUGGACCACAAUACUAACUGCAGAAAGAUCUGGGCCAUGGCGAGGCGGUCAUCGAGAACAAGUGCAGGGUCCCAUAGAUAUAAUACGGCCGACUCCAAGGACAGAAGGGAACGGUAUGGCCCGGAGAUGUACGAACCCACCAACCAGGACUUCUUAAUCGAUUUAAUGAAGGAAGCGGUUGAAUUUGUUUCUGGUAAUCGCAGUUUUGAGUGGAGCUCACACAUGUCCUCUGCGCCUGAACACAUUCUAGAGCUGCAACGAUUAAUCUCUAAAAUCGAUUAAAUUCGAUAACUGGCUUCGUUGUCGACAAAUCCCGUUAUUGAAUAAUCGCCCGAUUCGUUGUCCACGGUGGCAGUGAAUGAAUGAAUGAAGCUGACAUUUCCCGCAUGUAGGCUUCAUCCAUUCACCACCGCUGCCCGACAUGUCCCUGCUGCUGCUCUACUCCUAGUGCAAUUAGCGCAGCGCC